AUGGCUGCAAGAGACAGCCCAUUCCCGGAUUUAUCGAUAGCCGACCAGCUGGACAAUGAGAUUGCCAACCUGAGAGCUCAAGUCGAGUCCCUAAGGAAGGAUCUCAAGCUCCAGACGGCAACGUUGAUGACAUCCGAGUCGACGCGCCAACUCCUGCAAAUCAGUACGAACAAAGGCGCAAGAUCAAAUCGCGCCGACGAUGCCACGAAGCAGAAGCUCCUCGAACGCGCCGAGGAGCACAACGCCCACAAGCAGCAAUCUCUCUACCGCGCAUGCGCGUCCAUCACCACUUUCAAGGCCCGCGAUCCCGACCCGAACGCCGUUGAUGGAGGGAGUAUUCUUGGCCUGCGCUUCGAAGUCAUGUCCAAAUCGAGGUUCCUAAAGCCAUACUACGUCAUGCUGAACCGCCCCUAUUCGAACUCCCGCCACCUGCGCAUACACCGACAUACCGUUCCCCAGUGCAUACCCCUUUCGGGUCUAGCAGCGCGACACCUGCCUGCGCCGUCUAUCAAAAACGACGGCGGCACGUCCAAGAUGCAAGAUCUGUCGCAAUUCGUUCGGACACUCAGGAGAGAGCUGGUACGCUAUCAGAACCGGAUCGCGGUCAUUGGGGACCUCAGAAAAGCAGCUGGUUUGGAGGCGAAGAACGACACGGACAGAGAGUCGGAGCUUGUCAAUAUUAGCUUGGCGGGUCCCAUGGCUAAGCAGAUACAUAUGGAGUGGAGCGACGGCAGAAGUGGCCGCUUGGUCAUGGGCGAUGAUGGCGAGAUACUGAAGAUGGCCGUUCAGGGGCAGAACGGUCAAGAUAGGGAGACGGUGAGAAACCUGCUGGGAAGGAGUGUUCGUAUCGAAGAGGUGGUCAAGCAGCUUGAGGGUGUUUGA